AUCAAGAUGGCGGCGUUAGCGGGAGAGCGCUGGCGAAACGAGUUACCGCAACACGCCGUUUUCAGUAAGUUACGCGACGAUCUCGACUCGGAGCCCAAAGCGCACGACCGGAGGGUCGUCAAGAACCUUACCUUUUGUUUGAACGGAGACUUCUUCGUUUGGGACGAAGUGGACUGCGUCUUUCACACGACCAACUUGAGGCAGCUGAACUCGGGAGAGUGUGCGGGAAGCGGAAGUUUCCAGACGCUGAUGUGCGUCAGCCCGCCCCGGUUUGAGGUUUGCCAGGUGGUCCUCAGCCCCACGCAGCAUCACGUCGCGCUGUUGGGGCAGCGGGGGGCGUCGGUGCUCGAGCUGCCUCAGCGGUGGGGUAAGAGGUCCGAGUUCGAAGGGGGCCGGAGGGAGGUGAACUGCAGGACGAUCCCCGUGGCGGAGCGGUUCUUCACCAGCUCGCUGUCAGUGAAUCUGCGACAUGCCGCCUGGUACCCGAGCGAGACGGAGGAGCCCUAUCUGGUGCUGCUCACCUCCGACAACGCCAUCCGGUUCUACAAUCUGAGGUCCCCCCAGAGCCCCGUCAGAGUGCUCCCCGUCUCCAAGUCGGAGGAGGACGACAGUGUCCACACUCGAGUGCGUUCCUACGCGGCUUCUCUCGGGGAGAUCGCGGUGGCGUUCGACUUCGGGCCAGUGUCUUGCGUCCAGCAGCGUCAUGCAGGACAGAGCUCCAAACAACUGCUGAUCUACCCCCUGUACAUCCUCUAUGAAAAUGGAGAGACCUUUCUCAGCUACACCAGCCUGGCCAACGGCUUGGAUGUUGGUAAGCUCCUAGGGCCCCUCCCUAUGUACCCAGCCGCAGAAGACAACUACGGCUACGAUGCCUGCGCCGUCCUCUGCUUGCCCUGCGUGCCAAACAUCCUGGUCAUUGCCACCGAAACGGGCAUACUCUAUCACUGCGUGGUGUUGGAGUCGGAGGAAGAGGAGGAUGCUGGAGCAGCGGAGAAGUGGAUCCGAGGUUCAGAACAGGUGCCGUCCCUCUAUGUGUUUGAGUGCGUGGAGCUGGAGCUCACCCUCAAACUGGCCACGGGGGAAGAUGAGGAGCCCCAAGAACCAGACUUUACCUGCCUGAUCAGACUGCACAGAGACCCCCUGUGCCAGUACAGGUACCACUGCACCCAUGAGGCCGGGGUGCACAGUGUGGGGCUCACCUGGUACAACAAGCUGCGCAAGUUCCUCCAGUCAGGCGAGGAGGAUAAGGACAGUCUCCAGGAGCUGGCAGCCGAGCAGCACUGCAUCGUUGAACACAUCCUCUGCACCAGACCCCUCCUAGCCGGUCAGCCGGCUCCAGUGCUUGGCUUCCUGAUUUUGUCAGACUUUUCUCUGGGCGCCACCAUGAUCUGUGUCACCAGCAACUAUGAGUGCAUCCUUUUGCCCCUGCUGAGUUCAUUUCGACCCCCCUCCCCUUCCCUGCUGUGUUCCUACCCAGGGGUGCGCUUAGCCAGCUCCCUGUUGCACGGCCUGGUUGACGACUCCUUUGAGCAGCACAUCCGUAACAUCCUGGCACACAGCUCCACCAAUCCCCUCGUGCUCAGGGCGGGAGACAAGGACGCGUCAAUCCCGCCUCCAGAAUGCCUACAGCUCCUCAGCCGGGCCACGCAGGUGUUCAGGGAGGAGUACAUCCUCAAACAGGACGUGGCCCGCGAAGAGAUGCAGAGGAGAGUGAAACUUCUGACGGGCCAGAAGAACAAGCAGCUGGAGGAGCUGGCUGUGUGCGAGGAGGAGAAGAAGACCCUGAGGGAGGCAGCGGAGAGGCUGGCUGAUAAGUAUGAAGACGCCAAAUAUCGGCAGGAGGCCCUCAUCAACAGGGUGAAAUGCGUGCUGAGUAGCCUGUGCAGCCAGCUGCCUGUGUUGUCGGACAGCGAGAAGGACAUGAAGAAGGAGCUGCAGAUCAUCAGCGACCAGCUGACAUACCUGGACAACAGCAUCAAGCAGGUGAAGAUGAAGAUAGGGUAUCAGAAAAAGCAGGUGGAUAAAAGUGGGCCUCCGUACAAGGCAAAGGUUUCCCUCAGUGCCCACCAGAAGAAGUCCAUUCAAAGUGUGCUCAAAGACCAGGGGGAGCAAAUCGCUGACAUGGUGAAGCAGAUGAAAGACGUUAAGAGCCAAUUUAGCUUCUAAAACAAAGCCACGCAAUUUUAAUGAGGGCGCAACUGCUCAGCAAUCCACGGAAGAACUGUCGUCAGUCUCUUCAGUUAAAAGUAAAUGUUAACAAACUGAUGUCGCCUGCAAAUUGAUUUUCUAGAAGGUGGAAGGAGCGCUCUGACCCCCCCGUAAUAGAAUGUACCAUGUGUUGAAUGGGAAGUCGGCAUGGGAUAUAUUUUAUAUAUGUAGAUUCAAAUGAUCUUUUGAACCUAACAUGCCUUUGGGGGAAGAAAUACAUGUCUUUGAAGUUCUGGUUUGAGUUUUGCUGGAGAUUUUGUACAAAAUAAAUUCUUUUUCAAAAUUA